AACUUUAAUGGUACAUUUUCUAAAUUUAGACGCCUCCUGACUAGUCAUCAACUGUUGGGAUAUGGUAGGACAGAUUGUGCUUUAAUGAGGAAUGUCCAGGGGUUUGGGCAGUACUCCUUUAAACCGACCAAUAGGGUUUGAGUAGGGCGGGAUUGCAAACCACAACAGAAACAAGUAUAAACACCACAGGAAGCAAUCCAAGCAAUAUAUGUGUUUUGGAAGGAAAGUGAGCAUUUAUUAUUCUCCUUGAAGUCAAGUUCAGCAGAAGAGGAGAACGCAAAAGACAUUCCAUGAUUCUGAUUCUGCUGCCAAAGCUCAUCCAGUCCUCAUUCAGAUCAUCUGCUUGGACCCUGUAGGCACUUCAUUGAUGGGUUGGUAUCUUGACAAAACACAGGUCACUUACCUGGGGUCAAGGUAGCUCUGGUAACUGUGCAAGAUGAAGUAUCUCCUCACAAACAUCAGUAAUGUGUCUCACCUUGUCAGGAGUAUCGGCUCCUCACCUCAGUCAGCAAGGAGGAUUCCUCUCAAAUCACACAGAUCAAUAAAAACUAAGAGACUUUUUGGAGCUGUUAGCCGUAAUAUGAAAUAUGAGAAUGGAUUGGGGCUUCAGAUGUACCAUUUAUACUCAACCUCCAGUAGAGAGACAUUCAAAGCAGAAGCACCCAUUGGAGUUUACCAGAACAGUAGGACUACUUUUCGGAUGCACUUACUUGGACUGAGAUUAGGAGAGUCUUUUGAUCGUCUUUCCCAACACAUUAACUUGUACUUUAAGCAGAAACGGGUCUCUGUGAUAGAUUAUGGGCAGAUUGAGUUGAUAUCUUCAGUGCAGGAACCAUUUACCAGAACUCAGAGACGAGUUCAGAGAGAGAGACGCUCUGGAGAGUCCAGAGCAUUUAUAGGGACGCCUUCUAUUGAGCAGGCCCAUCAAACAUCCUCAAAUCAAGCCUUGACCUCGGCCUAUCCUGGACUACAGCUGUUCCACAUCAGCUCCUUGGCAAACAGAUUUGGGGAGACUUACAGCUAUGUGGCCAAUCACAUUAACUCUGUAUUCUCUCGAAAUCCAGCUGAGCAAAUCCAUGUGGAGGUAUCACCAGAUGAUGGCUUCAGAAGGUCUAGAAGCAGAAAGCGAAGAGUUAUGGGUAACAAAAGUGCUCUUUGUUGGGAAAAUGAGCAAACACAGCAAAACAUUAGUUUGGGUACAAGACCAGAGAUUGAUAAGAAUGUAUCUAGUUCCUGGGAAGAAGGAUACCUUCACUUUGCCAGUCACAUCAAUCGAUACUUUGGGGCAAAAGUAGCAGAUACUGUUGAGGAAUCACCAGGUGUUGAUCAUCAGUUGUCAAAGACUUCAGUCUCACUGGACCCUCUAAACAAAACUAAAGACCCUACUUCACUUCUUCUUCAGCCUAAAUCCCCGGGCUUGUUCCACAUGAGCAGCCUCGCCACACACUUUGGGGAAAAUUACACUUACAUGGCCAACCACAUUAAUCGGUACUUCAACGGAUCUGCAGCUUUAGAGAAUGAGGAGGUGGGUAUAGAGCUAUACACAGAAGAACAUUACAGAGGUUCAUUUGAGGACAUGGUGAGCCAGGAAAAACCAGUGCCCUUCUUUGAGUGCCUUUUGAAACCCUCAACUUUACCUGGAUUUGUGGGCAGAUACCUGGGAAUGGGCUCUAGCAGGCGUAGUGACCAUACAACUGUAACAAGGACCCCAGAGGAAAUGCUGGACAAAAUGGUUUUUAGGAGGAGGAAGGCAGAUGAGAUGACAAGAGUACUACUGAACAGGCUUGAAGAGGCUAGCGUACCGUCAUCCAUCACUUCUUGUGUGGAGGAACUGAACACUCACCUCAUUCAGCACCCAGCAUGCAAGGCUGUGGUGUGGCAGGAAAAAGCAGCACUAUGUCUCCUUAGACGACGCCGGAUCUUUUGGAUGGAUGAAAAACUUCAAGAAGCCAUUAGGGAGACUCUUGCUCUGAUUGGCUAUGUGGAUCCAGUCAAAGGCUGUGGGGUCAGAGUGCUUUCCAUUGAUGGAGGUGGAACCAAAGGGUUAGUUCCAUUACAAGUGCUAAAACAGCUGGAGGCUCAAACAGGAAAGCGAGUGUAUCAACUUUUUGACUAUAUAUGUGGAGUCAGCACAGGAGCAGUUUUGGCUUUCAUGUUGGGUCUAGCUCAUAUCUCUUUAGAUGAGUGUGAAGAGAUGUAUCAUCGUUUUGGGACAGACGUUUUUCGACAAAACCCCCUGGUUGGUACAGUGAAGAUGGGCUGGACACACUCCUACUACAACACAGAAACAUGGGAGAUGAUUUUAAGGGAGAAGACGGGGGAGGAGAUUUUAAUUAAAACAGCAAGAGAUGAGCUGAGCCCAAAGGUGUCUGCUGUAAGUGCCGUAGUGAACUGGGGGAAAAGUCCGAAAGCAUUUAUCUUCCGCAACUAUAACCACGCUCCAGGAAGAUUGAGCCGCUAUUCCGGAGGAUCAGGGUACCGGCUGUGGCAGGCUGUCCGCGCCUCAUCUGCUGCUCCGGGAUAUUUCCAGGAGUUCCCUCUCCACGGUGACAUACACCAGGAUGGUGGUCUUAUCCUCAAUAACCCCUGUGCUCUGGCCGUCCAUGAAAGCCGAUUGCUGUGGCCCAAUCAGCACUUCCAGUGUGUGCUGUCACUGGGAACGGGACGCUAUGACAAUGCUAGAAGAGGGCCUGGAACCUCCACUAGUCUCAGAGCCAAAAUCAGCAACCUGAUCUGCAGUGCCACCGAUACUGAGGGAGUUCACACUCUAUUGGAUGACCUCUUAUCACCGAAUGUGUAUUUUCGCUUUAACCCGAUGCUGAGGUCAAACGUGACACUGGAUGAAAGCAGGCCUGAAGUGCUUCAACAGCUGCAGAAAGACACACAGCUGUACUUGGACCGGAACCGACCCAAACUGGAACGUCUGUGUGAUGUGCUGAUGGUAGAGCGCACAGCGAUAUGGAAGACACGGGACUGGAUCGGUGGGAAAGCGUGGGAGCUGCAGCAGCGCUGGGCUUGAGUGGACUUUACACAGUGCUGACCAGAAAUCAGUUGAAUGUAUGCAUUUUUCUGGAUGGAAACUAAUUACAUCACAAAUUUUAUUUUGACAAGUUA